AUGUCUCACGGGCAGCACAGACGCGACAUGCUGUCCGCGAGACGUCAGACGCCAUUGUUUACCCCGCUGCCACUCAUUCUACUCCCCCUGCUUACCCGUUGUUUCCCUCCCUCUCUUUCUUUCUUCUCCCCUGCAUACCCAUUGACUGUAUUCCUUCUUCUCCCCCCUGCUUCCCCUCCUUCUCCCCCUUGCUUCCCCUCCUUCUCCCCCCUGCUUCCCCUCCUUCUCCCCCCUGCUUCCCCUCCUUCUCCCCCCUGCUUCCCCUCCUUCUCCCCCCUGCUUCCCCUCCUUCUCCCCCCUGCUUCCCCUCCUUCUCCCCCCUGCUACCCCUCCUUCUCCCCCCUGCUUCCCCUCCUUCUCCCCCCCGCUUCCCCUCCUUCUCCCCCCCGCUUCCCCUCCUUCUCCCCCCUGCUUCCCCUCCUUCUCCCCCCUGCUUCCCCUCCUUCUCCCCCCUGCUUCCCCUCCUUCUCCCCCCUGCUUCCCCUCCUUCUCCCCCCUGCUUCCCCUCCUUCUCCCCCCUGCUUCCCCUCCUUCUCCCCCCUGCUUCCCCUCCUUCUCCCCCCUGCUUCCCCUCCUUCUCCCCCCUGCUUCCCCUCCUUCUCCCCCCUGCUUCCCCUCCUUCUCCCCCUGCUUCCCCUCCUUCUCCCCCCUGCUUCCCCUCCUUCUCCCCCCUGCUUCCCCUCCUUCUCCCCCUGCUUCCCCUCCUUCUCCCCCCUGCUUCCCCUCCUUCUCCCCCCUGCUUCCCCUCCUUCUCCCCCCUGCUUCCCCUCACGACAGGACGAACCAGGUGCAUCACACCAACACUCUCAUGGACGAACCAGGUGCAUCACACCAACACUCUCAUGGACGAACCAGGUGCACCACACCAACACUCUCAUGGACGAACCAGGUGCACCACACCAACACUCUCAUGGACGAACCAGGUGCACCACACCAACACUCUCAUGGACGAACCAGGUGCACCACACCAACACUCUCAUGGACGAACCAGGUGCACCACACCAACACUCUCAUGGACGAACCAGGUGCACCACACCAACACUCUCAUGGACGAACCAGGUGCACCACACCAACACUCUCAUGGACGAACCAGGUGCACCACACCAACACUCUCAUGGACGAACCAGGUGCACCACACCAACACUCUCAUGGACGAACCAGGUGCACCACACCAACACUCUCAUGGACGAACCAGGUGCACCACACCAACACUCUCAUGGACGAACCAUGUGCACCACACCAACACUCUCAUGGACGAACCAUGUGCACCACACCAACACUCUCAUGGACGAACCAGGUGCACCACACCAACACUCUCAUGGACGAACCAGGUGCACCACACCAACACUCUCAUGGACGAACCAGGUGCACCACACCAACACUCUCAUGGACGAACCAGGUGCACCACACCAACACUCUCAUGGACGAACCAGGUGCACCACACCAACACUCUCAUGGACGAACCAGGUGCACCACACCAACACUCUCAUGGACGAACCAGGUGCACCACACCAACACUCUCAUGGACGAACCAGGUGCACCACACCAACACUCUCAUGGACGAACCAGGUGCACCACACCAACACUCUCAUGGACGAACCAGGUGCACCACACCAACACUCUCAUGGACGAACCAGGUGCACCACACCAACACUCUCAUGGACGAACCAGGUGCACCACACCAACACUCUCAUGGACGAACCAGGUGCACCACACCAACACUCUCAUGGACGAACCAGGUGCACCACACCAACACUCUCAUGGACGAACCAGGUGCACCACACCAACACUCUCAUGGACGAACCAGGUGCACCACACCAACACUCUCAUGGACGAACCAGGUGCACCACACCAACACUCUCAUGGACGAACCAGGUGCACCACACCAACACUCUCAUGGACGAACCAGGUGCACCACACCAACACUCUCAUGGACGAACCAGGUGCACCACACCAACACUCUCAUGGACGAACCAGGUGCACCACACCAACACUCUCAUGGACGAACCAGGUGCACCACACCAACACUCUCAUGGACGAACCAGGUGCACCACACCAACACUCUCAUGGACGAACCAGGUGCACCACACCAACACUCUCAUGGACGAACCAGGUGCACCACACCAACACUCUCAUGGACGAACCAGGUGCACCACACCAACACUCUCAUGGACGAACCAGGUGCACCACACCAACACUCUCAUGGACGAACCAGGUGCACCACACCAACACUCUCAUGGACGAACCAGGUGCACCACACCAACACUCUCAUGGACGAACCAGGUGCACCACACCAACACUCUCAUGGACGAACCAGGUGCACCACACCAACACUCUCAUGGACGAACCAGGUGCACCACACCAACACUCUCAUGGACGAACCAGGUGCACCACACCAACACUCUCAUGGACGAACCAGGUGCACCACACCAACACUCUCAUGGACGAACCAGGUGCACCACACCAACACUCUCAUGGACGAACCAGGUGCACCACACCAACACUCUCAUGGACGAACCAGGUGCACCACACCAACACUCUCAUGGACGAACCAGGUGCAUCACACCAACACUCUCAUGGACGAACCAGGUGCAUCACACCAACACUCUCAUGGACGAACCAGGUGCAUCACACCAACACUCUCAUGGACGAACCAGGUGCAUCACACCAACACUCUCAUGGACGAACCAGGUGCAUCACACCAACACUCUCAUGGACGAACCAGGUGCAUCACACCAACACUCUCAUGGACGAACCAGGUGCAUCACACCAACACUCUCAUGGACGAACCAGGUGCAUCACACCAACACUCUCAUGGACGAACCAGGUGCAUCACACCAACACUCUCAUGGACGAACCAGGUGCAUCACACCAACACUCUCAUGGACGAACCAGGUGCAUCACACCAACACUCUCAUGGACGAACCAGGUGCAUCACACCAACACUCUCAUGGACGAACCAGGUGCAUCACACCAACACUCUCAUGGACGAACCAGGUGCAUCACACCAACACUCUCAUGGACGAACCAGGUGCAUCACACCAACACUCUCAUGGACGAACCAGGUGCAUCACACCAACACUCUCAUGGACGAACCAGGUGCAUCACACCAACACUCUCAUGGACGAACCAGGUGCAUCACACCAACACUCUCAUGGACGAACCAGGUGCACCACACCAACACUCUCAUGGACGAACCAGGUGCACCACACCAACACUCUCAUGGACGAACCAGGUGCACCACACCAACACUCUCAUGGACGAACCAGGUGCACCACACCAACACUCUCAUGGACGAACCAGGUGCACCACACCAACACUCUCAUGGACGAACCAGGUGCAUCACACCAACACUCUCAUGGACGAACCAGGUGCACCACACCAACACUCUCAUGGACGAACCAGGUGCAUCACACCAACACUCUCAUGGACGAACCAGGUGCACCACACCAACACUCUCAUGGACGAACCAGGUGCACCACACCAACACUCUCAUGGACGAACCAGGUGCACCACACCAACACUCUCAUGGACGAACCAGGUGCACCACACCAACACUCUCAUGGACGAACCAGGUGCACCACACCAACACUCUCAUGGACGAACCAGGUGCACCACACCAACACUCUCAUGGACGAACCAGGUGCACCACACCAACACUCUCAUGGACGAACCAGGUGCACCACACCAACACUCUCAUGGACGAACCAGGUGCACCACACCAACACUCUCAUGGACGAACCAGGUGCACCACACCAACACUCUCAUGGACGAACCAGGUGCAUCACACCAACACUCUCCGCGCCCCUCCCCUCCCUAGACCUUCUCUCGUCUCCAGAUCCUCUCCGCUCCGACUUCCCUCACGCCCCACACUGCCUUACUCCCCCCUCCGCCUUCCUUUUCUCAACCCUCCACCGGUCACAAAUGCUACUCCGGAACCUCUCCUCCCCCACUUUGGCUCCCAGCCCUCUAUCCCUUCAAAGCCCUCUCUCCCCUCCUUGCCCUCCCUCGACCCCUUGCACUCCCCUCCCUCCCUUCCCUCCCUCCUCUCAACGAUCUGUUACCCCUGUCCCACCCUCGUGUUGCACUCUGUCCUGUCCCCGAUCCCACGCUCUUUCAUUUCCGUGCUCGUCGUGCCCCCUCGCCCCCCUGUUCCAACCCUGA